AUGACUCAUAUAGAAGAAAAACUCUAUUUACAAAGCGUUUUUGAUGCUAUUGAUGAAGUAUAUAAAUUUAAAAAUCAUCAACAAACAUUAACAUAUGAAGAACGUUUACGUGCUUCAUUCAAUAAAUUACUUAUACCUGAUUGGUACAAUCAUGACUAUACAUCUAUUAAUAAACUACGAAAAACAAAAUCAUAUGGACAAGUACUGCAUACAAAACAAUAUGAUGAUAAGACUCUUAAUCUAUCAACAUCAUCUUCCAAUAAUUCAUCACAUCUAUCAAAUGUUACAUAUCGACAUCGAUCACCAAGUCAAUCUCGGUCAGAACGAUUACCAUUGAGAUGUAAUUCAACGACAUUAACCAAUGAUACAAAUGGAAAUAUAAGUAUUAAUGGACGACGUUCGACUAAUUCCCAUGAAACAUCAACAUAUGCGCCAGGAUUACAGCGUGUUAUUCAAUCAUCAUCAUGGUAUAAACCAACAGUUUUUACGACAAAUGGUAAUCAUAUCAAUGGUCAUGCAAUUGAACCACCAAAACCUUUACCAAGAUAUUCUAAAAUAAAUCAAGAACGCAUAAAUUCAACUAAAUCUUCUUUUGUAUCAUCAACGUCAAAGGUUAUUAUUCCAGAUCUUAUUUCUAAUGAAAAUAUUCGACAUCCCAUAAAGCCACGAACAAUGUCUGAAGUACCAAUACCGAUCGAAGAAAUCGACGAUGAAUCUUCUUUUCAGAAUGUUUUACUUGAUGUUUCAUCUGAUGCUGACAUAACAAUUAUUCAAAAACCUGCAUCGUCAGAGACUAAUGACACUGUAUCACUAACGCAGACUCAUAUUUUAUCUAAUAAUCCUCAUAUUAUUAUCAAUACAAACAAUAACAUAAAUCAAUUCCUGACGACAAAUAUUUCUCGAACGGAAUCAACAAAAAGUGUUUCAUCCGAUGGUGAAUCAUAUCAUUCAAUGGCUUUACCAUCAUCAGAUAAAAAUCUUUUAGCUACAGAUUCAUCUUCUUAUGCCAGUAUAAAUGAACAAUGGUUAUCGCCAACAGCAUCAUCAUACCAUACAGCUAACACUGAUGACAAUUCAUCAUCAUCCGUAACAGGAUACGAAACACCAACACCUAAAUUAGAUAAUGAAAUAUUAUCUUCACAUAGUUCAAUAUCAGAUUUAAGUCACGCUGAAACAUUGGAACUUAAUGUUGAAGCAGACCUCGACAUCGUCGCCAUUUCAAAAGAAGAACAAAAACCUACCAUCAUCCCUCCAGUUAACGUUGGCAUGGAGAAUUUACCAUCGUCACAUAUUUCUACUAAUAUUUCCAAUCCAUUGCCAUUGCUAUUUAAUGACAAUUCACCAUCAAACGAAUCUCGACCUAUUGAUAAUAUGAACUGGUACGAUGAUGGUUCAAUUGAAACAUGUAUUCAUGAAACAUCAUUUCAAUCACCAUCAAUUGAAUUACGUGAAAUAGAAAAUGAUGAAGUUUUACAUGAAGUUGAUUUAAAUGGUGUUGGUGAUGAAUUCUUUUUAUUUUCACCACGUAAUACAACAGAUGAUGAACCAUCAAGUUCAAUAAGUGAUGAUAAACAUGAACAAGAAUUCGAACAAAUGAUUCAUUCAAAACAAAUGUCAAAACGUAUAUAUACAAAAGAAAAUAAAAUCGAUGAUGAUGAUGAUGAUUCACCAUUAUUCGAUGAUUUUCAUUGUACAUCAACAGUUGAUCCAUUUGGUUUUAAACCCAAUAAUAAUAAUAAUAAUAAUAAUAAUAAUAAUAAUAAUUCAUCAAUAAUGAUUACAAAUUUAGAUGAUAUAUUAAUUGAUGAUUAUGAUGCUGAUGAUGAUGAACAAAAUCAUUUAAAAGAUUCAUCAACUUAUUUAUUAAAUACAAAUUUUCGUCGUCCUAUUCAGGAAGAUAUUUUAUAUGAAGUUGAACAUGAAAAUAGUUUUUCAGAUAACAGUCAACAUACAUCAUCAAUGAUCAUAGCUGAUGAUAACAAUUCGAACAAAAUGGAUCCGAAUUUGGGUUUUUUAAUAUCAACUGAAGAAUCAAUCAAAACUGAUGUUAAUCAAUCAACAAUGAAUCAAACAACAUUACAAUCUAAUGAAAAUAAUUCUUCAUCAAAACAACAAACAACAACCGAACAUAGAACAUUACCAAUUUAUAUUUUACCACCAGUUUAUACAACAACAACAACAACAGAAAAAUCUUCAUCACUUCAUGUUGAUACAUCUAAUAAUACAAAUACUUACAAAUGGGAAUCAUCAAAUUAUCAAUAUCCAAAUUUAUCUUUAUCAUCAAGUCCACCAUCAUAUACAUCAAAAAUUCGACAUCGUAAUUAUUCUGUUGGUUCUUAUUAUGAUAACAAAACAACCACAGUAACAUUACAUCCUAACCAUACACUGUAUUUACUUGGUAGUGCACCUGUUAGUCCAUUACAUCGAACAUCAGCAACAACUUGUGAGUCACAUUAUCAUUUACAUCAUCACAGUCCGUUAUCCUAUGGAACUGUACCAUUAAAUACAUAUCGACGUGUAAAUCCCUAUAUUGAAACUAAUACAUUAAUAUCAAAUUCUGAAUAUCAACCACCAUUAUCAUCAUCUAUAAAUAAAACUGAUCAACAUCAAACAAUAAUUCAACCAAAAGAACAAACAAACACAUCAAUUACUCAAACUGAAUCAACAUCAAUUGUACCUCAAUUAAUUGCUUCAUCAUCAGUAACACAUCCAAGUAAAAUUACAUUUCCACAAUAUGAAGUACCAUCUACUCUUCCAGAAACUAUUUCAACAUCAUCUCCUCCUUCUUCUUCUCCUCCUCCUCCUCCACCACAAUUUGAAGUACCACUUGUACGUCCAAAAACAAGUCGAGGACGAGUACCUAUCCUUCCGCCAUCAUCAACACCACCAGCACCACCACCCCGUACAACAUUCAUAGACAAAGAUCAAGCACAAAGUAUGAGUCUAGAAAAUGUUAGUACAUCAACAGAUAAUGAUAAAACAACGACAAUAAAUGAUGAUUUAAAAUUUAUUCGUGGUACAAUUGAACGUGUUUUUGAUCAUCAUGGUGAAUCAACAACAAGUGAAUCAAGUACAUGUUAUGAAGAUAUAUCCGAUGAUAAUAAUAAUAAUAAUGAUAAUGAUAAUGAUAAUGAAUCAAUAUCAUUAUCAAAUAGUUCAAAAACAUUAUCAAAACAAGAUGAUCAAUAUCCAGCUAUUGAAGCUAUACAACGUUUUUAUCAAAAUAAAGCACCAUCGGAUUCUGAGAAAAAACUUUCUAAUAAACAAAUAACAAAUCUUGAUGAUGCACAAAUUAGUAAUAAUUCAUCAACAUCAGAUAAAUUAUAUUCACGUUCAAAUCCAUUGAAUAGAAAAAAACCAAAUCUUUCAAAUUCAUCCGAUAAUGAACAAGCUACUUCAGAAGAAAUGGAUGAUACAUUAAAUGAUAUUGAAGAUGAUGAUUAUCAAGAUGAGAAAUUAAAACGUCAAGCAAGAUAUAAUAGUUCACAUACAAGUACUGAAAAUUCACCAUUACAUUCAUUAAAUAAUCAAACAAAAACAAAGAAAACAUCACAAGAAACACAAACACUUCAACGACAAGAACAAACUAUACUAACAACUAAAAGUGCAUCAGGUUCUCAAACUACAAUUCAAUCAUAUGAAACAGCUCGUUCAAGUAUUCCACCACUAGAUAUAGUUACACAAAUGGUUAUUGAACGAAAUGAUGAUAUUGAUGAUGGACAUAUAGGUGAAAUAUCAGGUGAUAUGAUUAUAUAUUAUGAUGAUAUUGAAAUAGUUGAACAUUCAUCAAAUAUAAGUACAACUGAAUCAGAUUCAGUAUCAUCAAUAAGUAAAUCUCAUCAUAAUUCAAAACCAAUUCAAUCCGUUCCACCACCAAUACCAGCACGUACAUUAAAACCAAUACAUUUACUUGAUAAUCAACAACCAUUAUCUUCAACAACACAAAAUGAACAAAUUAAUUUAUCAACAUCAAAAAUAAAUCGAACAUAUGAAUUAGAAAAAUCUACUAUACGUAAAAAAUUCGAUGUUAAUACUGUUAAUACAAUGCUUAAUAGUACAGAUUAUUUUAUUGGUCCUGCUAUAACACAUCGUCUUCCAUCAGCAAGACAUUUUGUUGGUAAAAUAAAUAAUGAUGAUACAACAUCACGUGCUUCAACUAUAUCAAAUACAAAUAUUACUCAUAAACCAUCACCAUCAUCAACAAUAACGACAGCAACAACAAACAUGGUUAAAUCUCAAACAUUACCAUUACAAUCAAUAAAUACAAAUGGACAUAUAACAAAUAAUAAUCAAUCUACACCAAUAAAAAAUUCUUUUUCAUCAUUACCUAUACGUGCUAUAGCAUCGGUUGAUACAAAUGAAAAACCUCGUUCAAUUAUAGCUGAUACAAAUGCAUUAGUUAAACAAAUACAAAAUUCUUUAAGUCGAAAUUCUUUACAUGAUACACAAAUUCAUUCACCAUUAUCAAUAUCAACUAAAGAUUUACGUACAUUUGUUUCAUCAUCAUAUUCACCAUCAGAUGAAAAUAUGAUGGAUGAUGAUGGAAUAAUUCAUGUACGACAACAAAAUUCAAAUAAUUAUGAUGAUCAAUCAUUUAAAAGACAAGCAAGAUUAUCAAAAAGUUUUCAUAAUGUAUCAGAAUAUCAAAGUAUUGAUCAAUAUCAAAAAAAUGAUAAGAAUUUUACAACACGUACACAACCAUCAAAAUCUGUUGAAAAUAAUCUUAAUAAAGUUAGUCAAAAUCAAGCAAGAAAUUCACAAAUUCUAUUAAAUUUUCCACCAAUUGUUGCAAGUACUUCAUUUUCAGCAUUACCACAUUCAGAAGAUAAUACAAGAAUGUUGUCCAUGAAAUGGUAUACAGGACAAGUUAGUGAAAAUUCUGAAAUAUGUUAUAAUACACCUCAUAUUGAUAAUGAUGAUCUUCUUUAUAAUUAUAUAAAUACACAUAGUAAUCGAGAAAUUCAAUUGUUACUUGCACGUCUUCAAGCAUCAAAUGAUAUUCGUAUUCAUACAGCACUUGACGAUAUACGCUUACGUGUAAUUCAAUUUGAUGCAUCGAAAUCUCCUGAAGAUAUCCAUGUAUUUAUGCGUUAUCUUGAAUCACGUUUACGUGAUAUAAGUAAUAAAAAUUUAUCGUCAUCAUCAACAACAACCACAAGAACAACAACAUUAAAUCAUAUGAAUGACCAAAGACGAAUGUCUAGUGGUGCAACAACAAAUGGAUAUCAUACUCAACAACAACAACAACAACAACAACCGGAUACAUUAUCAAUAAAAAGUCGAACAAGUUCUAUAGUAGCAGGUACAAGUAAAGAAACUCCACCGCAAAGACAACUUGGUCGACAACAUCUUCGAUUAUCCGGUAAUAGAACAACAGGAGGAGGAACAGAUGAUCAUCAACAACCUCCUCCACGACGAUCAAGUCAAUCAAGUGCUAAUCAAGAAAAUCCUGCUGUAUUUGAUGAUAUGUUAAAUACGGUAUUAGGUUUACCCAAGAAAGGAGUAUCUACUCAAGCCCAAACAAAUCUUUCUUCUUCUCAAAACCGUGAAAAAUCAACUCCUUUAUCUCAAACACAAAUAACUACAAAUAUCACAACUGCUAAUAAAAUUGGACAAGAUGUUGGUAAACGUUUAUUCGAGAGUGGUACUUAUAAAGAUCCACGCUUAAUUUAUGAUGGUCCAAAAAAAAAUGAGAAAGAGGAACAACCUCUUGAAACAUCCGUGUGA